AUGGCAACCCCAUUCGCUCAAAAAUGGGCUCGCUUCAUUCCUAUGAUCGGGUACCACCAUGUUCUCAUGAUUAUUAUUGCAGUUGCAAUUAUCCUAUUAUCUCUUCUAUUGGCCGGAUGCUCUUCAUCUUCACCACAGAUCCCCAAUAUCUUCCUAAUCUCGCUUUACUAUGAAAAGUACAAUCCUAUCAGAGAUCUCUCACAAGUACAGCCUGACGUUGCCACCGCCAUCUCGAACAUUGUUGGUGGUGCAGAGAUGGAAGUUCGAGUUGGGUACUUUGGCAUCUGUGUUCAGCCCGAUAGAGGCUCAUUCAUUUGCAAUGCCAAUGCGACAGCGUUGGCUGAGAUUGUCACUGUGGACCAAGACCCACUCAACUUAAUCUGGGUUGCAUCCACAUUCAAGGAUGCUGUUGUGUUCCCAUACCUCCUCAUCGUUGCGGUCAUUCUCGCAUUCUUCUGCUUUAUCCUACUCGCUACCUUUCCCGGUUGGCACGACGAGAUCGAUGAAACUGGAUCGGAGCGUGAAGUCAAGCCUUUCCCCUCGCGACCCGUGUCUCAGGUCGCCCUCGCAUUGAUCUUUGUGUCAUCCGUCUUUGUUCUUGUCUCUGUGCUAUGGCAGCACACGGCAUCAGUUGCGGCAAGUACCAUCGCACAAGAUAUGGGCAACGGUAGUGUCAAAAGUGGCGUCGGAUCCUCCGCCAUGGUAUUAGGUUGGUUUGGAUUUGUCCUACUUGUCAUAGUGACCGUCGGCCUUCUUUUCAUGAUCUUGAGCCUCAGUCUGAUCCGGAAAUUGACCGACGAUGAAUGA